AUGUCGAGCUCAUCACCAAUCCCCGAGACAAUGAGGGCGUUGAGAUUAGUAGAGUACAACAAAGACUAUCAACUUCACGACAAUGUCCCAGUCCCGACUCCAGGUCCAGGCGAAGUUCUGAUCCGCGUUUCCGCCUCUGGCUUCUGCCAUACAGAUCUCAUGGUGUACCAUGGCAUAAGCCAAGAAUCGCUGCCCUUUAUCGGCUCCCACGAACCAGCAGGCACAGUUGUCAGCCUCGGGCCCGAUGUUCCAGACAGUUGGCAUGUAGGAGAUCGUGUGGGCGUCACCAACUUUCAAAAGCCAUGCGAUGCUUGUAUGGGCUGUACAUGGGCCAAGAAGACCAUCACAUCGCUGGAUCCUCGCUUCUGUGAAAACAGGACCAUGUGUGGCAUCACUCGGGCCAACGGUGGAUUCGCCGAGUACAUGACUGCUUCACAUGGUGCUGUUGUCCACUUGCCAGACGCUGUGUCUUUUGAACAGGCCGCCCCUUUAAUGUGUGCUGGUGCAACCGUUUGGCACGCCAUUAACCAGGCCGAGCUACAAAAGGGGCAAUCGGUAGCAAUCAUUGGCGUAGGCGGUCUCGGCGUCUUGGGCGUGCAGUUUGCAAAAGCCCAAGGUUACCGUGUGGUAGCCGUCGACAAGCAUGAGAUCGGACUGAAGCUCGCCUCAGAAGUUCCUGCUCAUCUCAAACCUGAUCUUAUCGUCAACUUCGACGACGAAGACACAGUCCAAAAGAUUUCAGACUUUACAGACGGCCUAGGUUUGAAUGCUGUCAUCGUCUGUACUGGCGAUGAUGCUGCAAACGAUUGGGCAGCACAACGUCUACAACCAAGAGGAAUCUGUGUGGUUGUUGGCUUCCCUGAGGGGGGCUUCAAAUUUGAUCCCAUGAACCUCAUCUUUAAGGAGAUUAUAGUCAAGGGAACUAUUUUCUGCAGCAUGGACGAGGUCAGGGACAUGAUGGAUGCCGUUGUUGAGCAUGGGGUUCUCAGCCACUUGACUUUGAUACCCAUGGAGGAAGCAGAGGACAUACCGACCAAAGUAGCCGCGCAUGCCUUUACAGGCCGGCCAGUUGUGACGAUUGGAAAUGAAGGUCAGAGUUGA